GGAGAAAAUAGAGAGUCUGUCUUUCUCUCCCCAUCUCUCUUUUUUUACAUCUCUCGAUGAGCGUCUGCAUGAACUAUACUGUUAUCUUGAUUUGGGUCUCUGUCUCUGAUGAGGUUACCGUUAAUAGGCUAGUCAGUGUAUGGAUCAGUGAUGCGACAUGUCCCAUUUAACAUUUCAGUAGAUUAGUUUAAAAAACGGAUUCAAUACGCAUAUCUCUUAGCUUAUUUAGCCUAGCUCAACAAGAGCUACUGUUUACUAGGAGAGAAAGGGAGGAGGGUUAGCGUAGGCUCGUUAUGUAGUGUUUUCUCCCUAUAGCAACAGUAGUCUGCACUGCAGUGCUGUUUUAUAAUGCAGAGAGAGAGGCUGAAUCGGGGGUAAUACAGGCUAUAUUUACAUUUCCAUAUUCAGACCCAGAGUGCCCUCAAUUAAACAGAGUCACAUAGAAAGCACUGUUUCUAGCUCUCUCUUCUCUCUCCGGGGAUGUUGUAUUAUUCACCAGUAGACGGAGGAUGUUGAGAGUCAUAGGGAGAAAGGGAUAGAGAGGUCAGGGAAGUGUGGAAGUGUCCUGUGCUGUGUGUAGGGGUGAGUCAGCACAGAUGGAUAGAGAAAGGGACAGUUUAUAGAAGGCUUAGCUUGGCUGAUAGAGACAGGAGAGAGUGGUGUCAGAUGUCUCCUGGUGUGUGUGUGUGUGUGUGUGUGUGUGUGUGUGUGUGUGUGUGUGUGUGUGUGUGUGUGUGUGUGUGUGUGUGUGUGUGUGUGUGUGUGUUGAUUAGGCAGAAGGUCGUGAGGUUGAGGGGAGCUCAACACUGGGCAGACUCGCAGCAGAGUGACACAGAGAGGAACUGAGAUGUAACACUGCUUCAACACACAUGGCUGAAACCAGGACAAAAACCAUAGAGUAUUGAAAGAGGGGCGGAGGGUGAGGGGAGAUUGGAGGACGAGUGUGGGGGAGCAGCAGCCAUGGCAGAGAACUAUAUGUACCAGCAUCUGUCCUACGAGAUAGAAGAGGAGGAGAAGGAAGAGAGGAAGGAGAGAGUGGGAGAAAACAUGAUGACGGAGGAGGGGACAGAGUGGUUGGUAGAUCUGUUAACAGACGUUCAGCUGCAGCAGUACUUCCUGCGUGUCCGUGACGAGCUGAACGUGACCCGCCUGUCACACUUCGACUACGUCAAGAAUGAAGACCUGGAGAAGAUCGGCAUGGGGAGGCCAGGACAGAGGAGGCUUUGGGAGGCAGUCAAGAGGAGGAGAGCUCUCUGUAAACGCAAAUCCUGGAUGAGCAAGGUACAGCACACAGUAUUUCCAGGGAAAAGACCUGACUCUGACUCCGACCCACAGCAGCCCCGGGGGGCAUCGCCCACCUUGAUGACUCCAGGCUUAACCCCGUCCAGCGAUGGGCCGUCGUCGGGGGCAGCCCUGACCUGUCUGAUCCGGGAGGCAGAGCUUCAGCUGUGUGAACGACUGGGAGACGGAACCUUUGGAGUCGUCAGGAGAGGAGAGUGGACCGGACCGACUGGACAAGUGCUGUCAGUAGCAGUGAAGUGUCUGAAGACAGACAGUGUGUUGGACACUGAGGGGUUGGAUGAUUUCAUCAGAGAGGUGAACGCCAUGCACUCCCUCAACCAUCAGAACCUCAUACGGCUCUACGGAGUGGUGCUCACUCACCCCAUGAAGAUGGUGACAGAGCUGGCUCCUCUUGGUUCUCUGUUGGAUCGUCUGAGGAAGCGACAGGGACACAUCCUCAUCUCCUCUCUGUGUGGCUACGCUGUACAGGUGGCGUGUGGCAUGGCAUAUCUAGAACAGAGGCGGUUCCUCCACAGAGACCUGGCUGCAAGGAACGUCCUGCUGUCAACCAAUGAAAUGGUGAAGAUCGGUGACUUUGGCCUGAUGAGGGCGCUGCCGUCACACCAGGAUACAUAUGUGAUGGAGGAGAGUCACAAGGUGCCCUUCGCAUGGUGCGCUCCAGAAUCAUUGAGGAGCAGAAGUUUCUCUCAUGCUUCAGACACCUGGAUGUUUGGAGUCACUCUGUGGGAGAUGUUUACACAUGGACAAGAGCCAUGGCUAGGACUCAAUGGCAGCCAGAUUCUCCAUAAGGUGGAUGUGGAGGGGGAGAGGCUGGUGAAGCCAGAUGACUGUCCCCAGGAUGUUUACAACAUGAUGCUGCAGACUUGGAGCCCUCAGCCUGAUGACAGACCAACAUUCACCGCCCUCAGAGACUUUCUAUUGGAGACCAUGCCUACAGACAUGAAAGCGCUGCAGGACUUUGAGGAACCGGACAAACUCCAGAUCACCAUUAAUGACAUCAUCACCAUCAUCGAGGGCAGAGCAGAGCUCUAUUGGUGGAGAGGUCAGAACAGAAGGACGUUGCGCGUGGGACAGUUUCCUCGCCACGUGGUCACGUCGGUCAGCGGCCUGUCGGCCCAAGACAUCAGCAGACCCCUCACACACUCCUUCAUUCACACUGGACAUGGAGACACUGACCCACACAGGAGCUGGGGGCACGCUGACCGCAUAGACAGCUUGUACUUGGGAAACCCCAUGGACCCCCCUGAUGUUAUGGGAAUGGAUCCUUCCACUGCCCGGCCCACCAAACUACCCAACCGCACCAGGAAGCAGCCUCCUCCUCGUCCUCCCCAGCCUGCUGUCUUGAUCCAGAAGCCGUUCUAUGACUCUGUGUUAGAUGAUGAUGAUGAAUAUGAAGGUGCUUCGUUGGGGCUGAAAAAACUGGGUGUGGCUAUGGGCCUUAAACUCCGCCCGUGGGAGGGGCCAGGUGUAAGGUCGGCCAAAAGUGAGGUCUCGCUCAUCGACUUCACCGAUGACAGCUUUAGCUCGGCCACGUCCUCCCCUCUCACUGAGACAUGCCUACCUGACCAGGACACACUCAAGGACCUUCCUUCCAUCCUAGACUGGCCCCUCCCUCUUCCUGCAUAUGACGAGGUUGCCACGGAAGCUGAGGGCCAAUUGGCAGACAUGGAGGUUCGAUCUAUCACUGGAUUGGCUGAGGGGAUUUUAGCUCCGCCCAGCACCGAUGCAGAGGGGAGGGGCUUAACACAGUCAGCUGAUCUGUUCCAGGAGCUGCAGAGAGAGGUGAUGGUGAAACUGCGUGUUCCCAUGACAGCCGGCCGUUCCCUCCCCUCCUCCCCCCUUCCCCUCUCCCUGGCCCCCCCGGCCCCUCACAGACAGAUCUACCUUCCUCCCCCAUCCUCCUCUUCUUCCUAUGAGGACAGACCCAUGCUACCUCCACGCUCCCCCAUCCCACCCCUCCGCUCCUCCAAACGCAUUUCCCUAGGUGAGAGGGAUGACACACCCCCUCAGAUCCCUCCCAGAGACCACGCCUUCUCUCAACCCUCCUCACGCUCUGCCUCCCCCCUUCCUUUAGUUCCUCCCCUCUCUGUCUCCCCUCUCUCCUCCUCCACCCUUUGUCUCCCACCCCCUCCCCUCUCCGUCUCCCCUCUCUCCUCCUCCCCCCUUUGUCUCCCACCCCCUCCCCUCUCCGUCUCCCCUCGGCAGAGGACAGGGCUGUAUGGUGUUGUUGGUCCUCUCGGCUCUCUAGUCUCCUCCUCCCCCUCUUCCUCUCCUCCCUCCUCCAUCUAUUCCUCCAGGCUCACUGCUGGCCCUCCUCCCAGCGCUUCAUUGGAUCCCCUUAUUGACAGCUCUCAGAGUUCUGAACGCCCCGCCUACCUGGAGAGAUAUGGAGCUGCCAAAAUGGCCACUGUCCGACCCAUGAUGAAACAGCAACCAGGUGGGGGUGGGGCAAGACCUAACACCUCUUUCAACAACAACAACCACAGGACUCAACAUUUAACUACAGCUCCCAGCAGGCAACGGGAGAACAGCCUCAUUCAGGUGCAGGGGGCAGUGCAUGGUGUGACAGCAGAGGAGUGUGAAGUGGCUCUGGAGACUCACAGCUGGAACCUCCCUCAGGCAAUAUGCCAACUAAAGGUUGAACAGUUGUUUCGCCUGGGUUUGCGUUCUAGAUCAGAGUGCCAGGAGGUUCUAGAGCGUUGCCAGUGGAACCUAGAACAGGCAAGCAUCCUGCUUCUGGACUCUUAUGGGAAAGUAGGCUGAGACAGACUCCAGGACUAUAUACCUAUAACCCCACAGAUCUAAACCUACAGACCAGAAACUACAUACAUAUAACCCUACAGACCUAAACCUACAUACCGGAAACCACAGACAUUUCCCUGUAAUUACAUACAUAUAACCCUACAGACCUAAACCUACAGGAAGGAAACUACAGACAUUUCCCUGUAAUUACAGACAUUUAACCCUACAGACCUAAACCUACAGGAAGGAAACUACAGACAUUUCCCUGUAAUUACAGACAUUUAACCCUACAGACCUUAACCUACAGACAGGAAACUACAGACAUUUCCCUGUAAUUACAUACAUAUAACCCUACAGACCUAAACCUACAGGAAGGAAACUACAGACAUUUCCCUGUAAUUACAGACAUUUAACCCUACAGACCUUAACCUACAGACAGGAAACUACAGACAUUUCCUUAUAUUUACAGACCUCGAACCUACAACCUGGAAACUACAUACAUGUCCCUGUAAUUAACGACAUGUAACCCUACAGACCUAAACCUACAGACAAGAAACGACAGACAUUUUCCUAUAAUUACAGAC